AGAUAUAAGGUGCAGGGAAGUGAUCUUGUAUGAAACGUGCUAUUAAGUCUUCACAGGGGUUCCAGCACCCUGAGGUGUAACACGAGGGUGGGAAAAACUGACUAUAAAAGCUCCAGUUUGAUAUUUUCUGCUUUCACUUUGAGUUGUGGCUUCGACGAAAGCCCCAAGGACUCUAAAUAUUUCUUUCAAAGCGUAACGAAGAUAACUGUAAGAAGCACUAAUAAUGUUCGCAUUCAUUAUACUCUUAUUAGCAUUAACAUCUUUCUGCAUUGUUGGUACCAAUGCCCAAUCUGAGAGAGAUGAGAAUUGCGAAACCCUGCAGUCUGAGAUACAUAUUACUAAAGAGGAAUAUGACGACGUAGGACGACUGAGGAGAACAUGCGGCGGCGAUAUCGCGGUUACUAAAUGCGAAGGUUUCUGCACUUCGCAAGUGCGACCGAGCGUUGUCACCACUACAGGAUUUCUUAAGGAGUGCUACUGCUGCCGCGAAGGAUAUCUGAAGGAACGUACUGUCUUCCUGGAUCACUGCUACGAUGCCGAUGGAAUCAGAUUGGAAGACGAAGAGUUUCGUUUGAUGGAAAUAAAACUGCGAGAACCAGUCGAAUGCAAGUGCUACAAAUGUGGGGUCGAUGAAUGUCAAUUAACUCCUGUUAUCCACUUCCUUCAGUAUCCAGGAUGUAUCCCAAAGCCGAUACCCAGUUUUGCCUGCAGUGGUCGCUGUAGCAGCUAUUUGCAAGUAUCCGGCUCGAAAAUUUGGCAAAUGGAAAGGAGCUGCAUGUGUUGUCAAGAAAGCGGCGAGAAAGAGGCCACUGUUGCACUCUUCUGUCCGAAAGCAAAGCCAGGCGAACGAAAAUUUCGAAAGGUAAUCACCAAAGCGCCAUUGGAAUGCAUGUGCCGUCCAUGCACAGGAGUCGAGGAAUCUGCCAUAAUUCCUCAAGAGAUCGCAGGUUUCGCCGAAGAAGGUCCCUUGACCACGUCAGCGCACUUCCGAAGAUCGUCCGGACUCCAGUAAAUGUCGAUACUUUAAUAAGGCAACAUAAUCAAACGUCCUAAACUAUGCUGGAUAAAACUACUUAAAGAAAAGAGUGACAACGAUCACUAUGAAGACCCAAAAGUAUAAUAAUAAAAGAUAAGUGAUGACACCUAUAUAUGUGAAGAUCGUUGUAAAAGAUUGUUAUAUGAAAUAAAUGUCUGUGAAAAAAGA